CAGUGGCGUCACACAAACUAAUGUCUGAAACUAUAUGUCUGAGGCAAUAUCUAAUACACGGAUCCCCCACUACAUCUGACACGGAUUCCAAUAUCUCGGGCGGCAGUAUACGCCGUAGCACGAAACCAUGUCUGUAGCGGCGUUACAUAAACUAAUGUCUGAAACCACAUAUCUGAGGCGAUGUCUAGUAUACGGUUCCCCUACCACAUCUGAUACGGAUCCCAACUAUAUGUCCGAGGCGAUGUCUAAUAUACGGAUCCCAAACACAUGUCUGAGGCGAUAUCCAAUACACGGAUCCCAAACCUACCUCUCUGCAGCGGCGCAGACAAGCUACAUCACUCGGCACACAGUCACAUCACUCGGCACACAGUCACACCACUCAGCACACACGCAUCCCACACUCACAUCCUUCGGCACACAACACACGCACACAGUCACAUACUCGCCAGCACACAACACAACACACAGCACACAACAUAUAUAAAGCAAUCGUUCUCCCUAGCUACCUAAACAAGCGUGGUUGUGACCGGCCACCAUGGGCGGUGGAAACUGCUGGCCCAUGC